AUGGCCUCCGACAAGGUCGAGAAAAAGCGCAAAAGGGACUCGGACAGACACGAGCGUCCCAGCAAAAGGCCUGCUACUCAAGCGCAAAAUCUCCCCCCAUUGACUGCGAGUGUACUCAAAGAUGACAAUGAGCUUGCUCCUGUUUUGAUCAACGCACCCGGCCUCCAAUUCCCCAAGAAAAUACACGGUUUCAAACCCUACACCAAAGAAUCUACCAAAAAAGAAGCCUCGUCAGGUCGAAACAAAGGAAUCAUCUCUACAGACCUUUUGCUUCAAUCAUCCGAACACCCAGUACUAGAUUUCGUCGGUACGGAGGCCACCGAAGACGCCGACUCGCAAUUGAAGCACUAUGUCGCCAUUGUCGACCCGGACCAAAAGACAAUGCAGUUCGUUGAGGUGCGCAGAAUGACCCUACGCAGUUCACUGAAGGCACGCAAUAAAGAAGUCGAGGAAGAGGAGACGAGUGAUUAUGAGGCCGCUGCAUACCGCGAUCAAAGGAAAGCCCUCACGGAUGCAUUCGGUACAAAGGCGUCACGUAAAGCCGCUCAGUCCGAAGCAGAGAACAGCAUGCUUGCGCCCGCCGGUGCCAGUGGCGCUAUUGAGUCUGCUAUUUUGUCGUCCAUGCCCUCGCAGGGUAUCGCAACCGCCAACCUUAAGGCGCAGGAGCUUCAGGCCCAAGUGCAAGCCAACAAGCCCAUCCCAACUGCAAACCUGGCCGCCACACAUCCCUCAGAAGUCUACACUCUUGAAACUCUGGUUGCAGGUGGCGUGUCAACGCUCAACCAAAUGCCUAUCCAGGAAUGGCAGGACGCUGUUAAUGCCGGCGAAGCAAUCACCAGUACAUCUCGCUACGUCGCACACCGCGUCGACGCAGUCGUCAAAUCCACUAACGUCACUCACCUCCAAGUCCUACGCUACAUCCUCGCUCUUAUCGAACUCACCAAAAACAUUAAACGAGGCAAAGGCUCCGAUCCACCCGGUAGCAAGCGUGUUCCUCUCCGCGCAGACCUUAAAAAGGUGCUGUCGGGUGGCUCGUCAGCACAAGCUCUACUGCCCGACCCCGUCGUGGAGGCCAUACGCCGCAAAUAUGCCCCCGGUGGAGUAAUGGUUGCGCACAAUAUCACCCUCUUAUACACCACACUCUGCGCAUUAAGUCUUCAUAUUCCACCCGCCCCCGCAAAGGAUGGCGGCACAAGUUCUCUCGGCGGAAACACGCCUACAGAAUUAGCCACAGAUCCAUCCGAUCUCCGCGACGAUCUUCGGCUUGAUACGCCCACCGUCACGCAAUACUUCAGGGAACUGGGCUGUAGAUCCGAGAAGCCGAGGGAAACUGAAUUCGCCAAGUUUGGUAUCAAGUCCAAGGCUGAGGCGGCGAAUAAGAGAGUUUGCAGGUUGAGGCUUCCGCUGGAUUUCCCGAAGGUCUCACGAGGAGGUGGACCAAGACGGUAA